CCACACCCUCGGAACUCAGAGACGGUUCAGGAAUUUGGACUGUGCAAGAAUUAGCAGCUCUGCCAGGACCCCAGAGCCAACUUCAGGUUGCAAGCUCUCUGUCCUUUGCUAAUCUCCAGCACACAGCACCCAGAGAGAGCCUGCAGCUGCUGUGGAUCCUUAGGAGACUGUCCCCCUGAUGCUGGCAAGACUUGAACUAGGAUGGCUGAGCCCCGCCAGGAAUUUGACACAAUGGAAGAUCACGCUGGAGAUUACACCCUGCUUCAAGACCAGGACGGGGACACAGAGCCUGGCCUGAAAGAGUCUCCCCUGCAGACUCCUGCUGAUGAUGGAUCCGAGGAACCGGGCUCUGAGACUUCUGAUGCUAAGAGCACUCCGACGGCCGAAGCUGAAGAAGCAGGCAUUGGAGACACCCCAAGCCUGGAAGACCAAGCUGCUGGACACGUGACUCAAGAAGAGAUAACAGUUCCAGGCCAGCACAGGGAGGCACCUGAGAGGCCCCUGGCCAAGGAGCUUAGCGUUCAAGGCCAGCCUAGACACAGCGGAGAAGUUUCUGGGGCCUCAGUGCUGCCUCUGGGUGAAAAACAGUCAGAAGCUCCUGUUCCGGAAGUUGCUCCUCUGCAGCCUCCCGUCUGCCCAACGCCUCCCCCACCAGGAGGUCCUCAGAAACCUACCCAGGAAUGGGGACCAGAGCGUGGGGACCAAACCAAGGAGGCUUUAGUCAUUUCAAAGCCCUCCUUCCCUGGAUAUCUCCACAUGGAGCCAGAGAGGGUCAUCAGUGUCCAGGAAAGCUUGCUCAGGGCACCAGGGUACCAUGGAGAAGAGGCCUCAGACCUGGGAAUCCCGGGUCUCACCCUCCCACACGUGCCCCACGUGCCCAGGGCUCCCUUCCUGCCUGAAGGCUCCACUGAAGCCACGCAUCAGUCUGUGGGGAAAGGACCCGAGGACCUGGACAGAAGCCACCAAGGUUCUGAGCUGCUGAAGUACCAGCUUUUGGGAGACCAGGACCUGAAGAGGGCCCAGGGCAAAGAAAGGCUGGGGGGUGCCAAGGAGGUGGAUGAAGACCGUGACAUUGAUGAGUCAUCACCCCAAGACUCGCCUCCUUCUCAGGUUUCCCCAGGCCCCAGUGAGCCACCCCCUCAUGCAGUCUCCAGAGAAGCUGCUGGCAUCCCUGGCUUUCCAGCCCAGGGUGCCAUCCCGCUCCCUGUCGAUUUCCUCUCCAAAGUUUCCACAGAGACCCUGGCCUCACCACCAGAUGGGCCUAGCACAGGGUCCAUGGUGGAUGGGCAUGAGCCUGUUCCUGAGUUCACGUUCCACGUGGAAAUAAAAGCCAACGUGCAGAAGGAGCAGGCACGUUCAGAGCCAGAUUCGGAAGGGGCUGUACUUCCGGGGGCCCCGAAAGAAGAGCAAGAGGCCCUGGGCCCCUCUGUGGGAGAGACCCCAAAGGAGGCUGACCUUCCCGAGCCAUCUGAGAAGCAGCCUGCCGCUGGUCUGCCUGGGAGGCCUGUCAGCCGGGUCCCUCAACUCAAAGCUCGCAUGGUCAGUAAAGGCAGAGACGGGACUGGAAGUGAUGACAGAAAAGCAAAGGGGGCUGACGGCAAAACUGGAACAAAGACCACUACACCCCGGGGAGCAGGUCAGAAAGGUGCUGCCAAUGCCACCAGGAUUCCAGCCAAAACCACACCCAGCCCAAAGACACCGCCCGGCGGCACUGGUGAACCCACAAAGUCUGGCGAUCGCAGUGGCUACAGCAGUCCCGGCUCCCCGGGGACUCCUGGCAGCCGGUCCCGCACCCCAUCCCUGCCCACCCCACCCACGCGGGAGCCCAAGAAGGUGGCAGUGGUCCGCACUCCACCCAAAUCACCCUCCUCCACCAAGAGCCGCCUGCAGACUGCCCCGGUGCCCAUGCCAGACCUGAAGAACGUCAAGUCCAAGAUCGGCUCCACCGAGAACCUGAAGCACCAGCCAGGAGGCGGGAAGGUGCAGAUAAUUAAUAAGAAGCUGGAUCUUAGCAACGUCCAGUCCAAGUGUGGCUCAAAGGAUAAUAUCAAACACGUCCCGGGCGGCGGCAGUGUGCAAAUAGUCUACAAACCAGUGGAUCUGAGCAAGGUGACUUCCAAGUGUGGCUCGCUAGGCAACAUCCAUCAUAAACCAGGAGGUGGCCAGGUAGAAGUGAAAUCUGAGAAGCUGGACUUCAAGGAUAGAGUCCAGUCGAAGAUUGGGUCCCUGGAUAAUAUCACCCACGUCCCUGGAGGAGGGAAUAAGAAGAUCGAAACACACAAACUGACUUUCCGCGAGAAUGCCAAAGCCAAGACGGACCAUGGGGCAGAAAUUGUGUACAAGUCACCGGUGGUGUCUGGGGACACAUCUCCACGGCACCUCAGCAAUGUCUCUUCCACUGGCAGCAUCAACAUGGUGGACUCGAUGCAGCUCGCCACACUAGCUGACGAGGUGUCUGCUUCCCUGGCCAAGCAGGGUUUGUGAUCUGGCCCCCGGGUUGGUCAAUAAUCACAGAGAGAAGAGAGUGAGAGAGUGUGGAAAAAAAAAAGAAUACUGAUCUGGCCCUUCGCCCUCUGCCCUCCCCCCGCUGCUCCUCACAGAUGGGUAAAUAGAGUCAUCACCUAACCUGCUUUUGUUACUGAGCUUUAGCCCAGGACUUCAAAAUCAGUGAUGGGAAUAAGAGCAAAUUUCAUCUUUUCAAAUUGAUCAGUGGGCUAACAUCCAACAUUUCCUGGGCAUUUCCUUUGGAUUCUUCCCCCACCCCACCCGCCUUGAGUAGAAGAGAGCGGAGAGGCCUGGGAAGCUGUUUUGGGGGAGUUUCAAGGAACUGGGGUACUCACUGCCUCUGGCCACCUCCUGGGGGUGUCACAGGGACAGCAGUAGCAACAAAGGACUUAAAACUUGGUACGUGUGUGGAGCCACAGGCAGAUGACAUUCCUGUGGGUGUGUAGGGACAGGGCACAAGGCCGGCCAGGGUGGGCAAGGGGGGACGGGCUGCGUGAGACGGAAGAAGGAAUAGAAGGGGGAAGGGUGCUGCCGCCUGCUGAGUGUCGGGGAGGAGCAGCCGAACAGGCAGGUGGCCUCAGUGACCCGCCACAAUCUCCCAUCCUGUGACUCCUUUUCCUAGUGGGCAGUGUGCUCCCUUCUGGAGGGUGUCUUGUUGUGCAAGGGACAGUGGACAGGAGAGAAAAGGUCAGUUGGAGAUGGCACCGUUAUGGAUUACUUCUUCAAAGACUGCCCUUUAGCAUCCCAGAGCUCCAACCCUUUUCUCCCUCCCAUGCCAAGCUGGUUCUCCCCUCAGCCUUAAAACCCUGCUAUACUGAAUUCUGAACAUUGGAACUGCAGCCACGAUUAUGGUUACUUCAAAGACCUGAGACUUCAGGGCUAACCAGUUCUCUUUGUAAAGACUUGACUUCUUGGAAAAUAUGGGGCUGUUCCCAGCCUAGGCUCCAGCAUCUAGGGAGUGUACUGGGUCGGGUGUGCCUGGGAGUUCCCAUUGUUUCCAUGGCCACUGCAGCCCCCUGUGCCUGUCCCUUUAUGCAUGUGUCUGCUGUGACAGGUCAGUCACUGUCCUACCCCUCAUUAUAUCACACUGGCUAAGUGCCCCACCUCCUUCACUCCCAGUCAUGGACACGGGUUAGAUGUGGGGGCACCUACUCUGCAGUAGGGGUCCAGGGUACAAGAGCUGAGGUACAGUCUCUAGCUUUAAAUUCCACUCAUCCAACCAAUGUGCCUGUCACAGAAAAUCGAGUGACCUUGUUUGGUUCUCUCCCCUCCCUGGCAUCACACACGAGUCAAGGUGGGGCUAUUCCAGGUUGACUUUAGACUUUUUGGCUUCGUUUUGGAGACAGGCUUUUCCCUCCCAGGCCUGGUCCCUGGCCUUCCUGUGUUGAGCUCGCAGCUGAAGGAAGGGUGUCCUGGUUGUUACUGAUGGCAUCAGGAUGGGCAGACAAAAUUCCCAGGAUGAGAGUCAGGUUCUCUCUGUCCCCCACUCCCACCCCAGCUUGUGACUGCCAGCCCCGAGUCCCAUGCUGUUCAAUUCCACACGCAUGGAAUCAGCCUUCUAUACCCCAAAAUGAAGACCGUGCCCCUUGGGAAAUGGUUCUUACCGCAGUCCCACCUGGAAGCAGUGCUGUCUGAUCUGUGGGAGCAGCUGAACAUAUACAUAGAUGUUGCCCUUCCCUCCCCAUCUGCACCCUGUUGCAUUGUGGUUGGACUUGUCUUUUUAUGUUUGGAUUCACAAGUGUGACUAUGAUAGUGGCAAGAAAAAAAAAGAGGAUGCAUGUAUCUUGCAAUGCUUGUAGAGGUUUCUAGUGCAUCCUCAUGGGGUGCUGGGUGUCUCUCACCCCCAUCUAGGAACUUGGCUGCAGGCUAGUGUGAUUCCACUCUCCUGUGCCGCCCAACUUUUGAGUUUCUUCAGCAUCUGGGACCUAAGAGACCAGACUCUGGCUGAGGACUCCUUACUCUGAAGGCCUGAAGCCCAGGACAAGGACAGAGGCUGUGGGGCUGCCCUCUCCCCAGGGCUUGCUGCGUCAGAGCAGUCUGGCUGGCCUGGUUUGCAGCAUAAAGAUGGGUCUUCCCUGGCCACAGCCUGAAGUCCCACAGCAGUCUUUGAAGAAGGUCUUAAGGAAGGAACUAUUGUACUACAAGAAGGAAGCCAGGGCCAGCGGGGGAGGAGCUGCAGGCCAAGAAGCCUCGGGAGUCCAGCAGGGAGCCUGUCUAUGCUGUGUCUGGCCUCAGCAGCAGAGACGGAUAGGCUGCCUGACCUGGACAGACGCCAGGACACUGGGCGCCUGAGGGCCAGGUCCAGUCAGAAGACACCAUUGGUUUCCACAGCCUCAUCAGCGCAUUGAUCUUGCACAAACGCUGCUGUGGGGAAAGGGAAGCAGCCUUUUCAGAAACUAGCAGCCUCAGGCCUGCUUAUGCCACCUCUGGCUGGCUUAGGUACAAUUAAAAGGAAACCUGGGGACUGGCUGGGCAGAACAAAAAGUAUCUAGGUCCAAAACUUCCACUGUGAGGCUCCCUCCUGCCGGAGUCCACACUGUCCGGAGUUAGGAGGGAGGAAGAGUGAGUUUAGACAAACGGCCCCUCGUGACUGGCGGAUACAGUCCGGUUCUUCACAUGCCUCCUUUCCUCCUCCGAAGCUCAGGCACCCUGCUCUUUUACACGGAGUAGGUGGGCUAUAGGGGACAGGCCGAAGAUUAUGGUUUUGGGGUGAUUAGGUCAAUGUGGAUAGGCUGACUGCAAAGCGAUGCUGGCUUGUGAUUUUCAUGAGGACAGUCCCCCCAGAGCUAAGCACUCUUCCCUGUUUCCCCACCUUCAGAGGCCAAGGUCCUGGGGUGGGCUAGGCAGGAUAUACUAGAUGCCUGGUUCCUUCCCGCUGUGGAUUCACUGUAUCAGUACUCCCCUUUAAACUGACUUCUGUGGUAAGACUGUACCCUGUUUGAGACUGCUUGUUCUGCUGUGGGGGGAGGGAGGAACACGUACGGUAUUUCACAUGGGCAAAGAGGAGUCUUGGAGCGCUGCGGUCAAGCAGCCUUGUAACCCUUUUCAUUUCAUCCACACUUGCUAGACAGAGGUGCCACGGGGCCCAGCUCCACGGCCAGGCUUUCCCAUUGGAAAAGGAAGCCAGCUUAUCCCCACCCCUUGCCAACAGGUACAAGCUGUCAGGCUUAUGUGGGAAUCUGCUAUCUUGUUGUUUUGGCCUGCUGACCUUUUGUGGAGUCCUCACCCCAGGAUCACACCUCCCUGAGACCCUGGCAUUCUUCUCUGUAAGCCAUUUGGCACUUGAGUGUCACCUCUCCCACUGGCUCCCUACACAGUCCACACUUCCAGCAGCUGCUGAGACCUCUUCAUUCACUUUGUCUUUAUUCCCCAAAUAAGCCAAGAGAUGGGGACAAGGGCAGAGGUGGUAAUCAGUUACAGGUCUGUGGUUUUAUGAGCCUAUUAUCUCUCUGGCUUUGUAAAGGGUUACCCUGGGCACCAACCCAGUGUCACCUCCUGACAGACUUAGCCUGUGAAUUUGCUAUUCUGGGCAGGUCAAUUUCCAGCACUUGCAAGUCCCAUGAUUUCUUUGGUAAUUCUGAGGGUGGGGGGAGGGACAUGAAAUCAUCUUAGCUUAGCUUCCUGUUUGUGAAUGUCCAUAUAGUGUAUUGUGUGUUUUAACAAAUAAUUUGCAUUGACUGUUGCUGUAAAAGUGAAUUUGGAAAUAAAGUUAUUACUCUGA